GGCUCCAGUCCGGUCCUGUCCCGCGCCAUGCUACGGCUGCUCAGCGCCUGCCUGCUGCUGCUGCUGCUCGGGGCGCGCCCGGCCGCGGGCGAGGAGCCUUCGGGCGCCGCCUGCGGGCCCUGCCGGCCGGCGCUGUGCCCGGCGCUGCCCGCGCGCGGCUGCCCGCUGGGCCGCGCGCGGGACGCCUGCGGCUGCUGCUGGCGUUGCGCGCGCGGCGAGGGCGAGCCGUGCGGGGCGGGCGCGCGCUGCGCCGCGGGGCUGGAGUGCGCCCCCCGCCCGGGCCGCGCCGGGCCGCCCGCCCUGUGCGUCUGCAAGAGCCGCUACCCCGUCUGCGGCAGCGACGGCGUCACCUACCCCAGCGCCUGCCGCCUGCGCGCCGCCGCCCUCAGCGCCCAGCGCCGCGGCCAGCGCGGGCCCAGCCUGCGCCGCAAGGGGGCCUGCGAGCAAGAGAGAAGACCAGAUGUAAUGGUGAUGGGGAGUCACCAAAGGGCAAAAUCUUUGCCUUUCCAAUAUCCCAGUAUUCUUGUAAAGCUGGGUGGGAGACUCUGUGCAGCUAAGGAACUAGGCCAGACACACUCCCUUUAUGGGCCUUCCAUUGUGACUCCCCCUAAGGAAAUCUGGAAUGUCACUGGGGCAAAGAUUUACCUGAGUUGUGAAGUCAUGGGCAUUCCAACCCCAGUGCUCACUUGGAAUAAGAUAAUAAGGGGACAAUAUGGUGUCCAAAGGCUGGAGCUCCUGCCUGGAGACCGUGACAACUUAGCUAUCCAGACCCGUGGCGGUCCUGAGAAACAUGAAGUGACUGGCUGGGUAUUGAUAUCUCCUUUGAGUAAAGAGGAUGCUGGAGAGUAUGAGUGUCAUGCAUCAAACUCCAAAGGAGAGGCUACAGCCUCUGCACGAAUUACUGUCAAAGUCCUUACAUGAAAAUACCCAUAACUAAAGAUGAUGGUGCAGAGCUGUGACGCAUGGACUAUAUCAUUUAUGCACAGUUUAAGUUAGUGUUUUGGAAAGCUACAGCCACUGACUUCUUCUAGCCGGAUAAUCAGUUCCUUAUCUGACUCAUUCUUCCUUUUAGUUAUGUUUUGCUUACAUGCUUUUGGCAGACAUACAAAUAAAGGUAAUUCAC